AACGUGCUAGUGCUCAAACCGGAUCAGAUAAUCGUAAAUGUGUCAGAGAACGAACCGUUUGUACUCUAUUACAGAUUACAAGCACUCAAGCGUGUUCUACCCAAAGUUAUAAUCAAGGGUAUACAGACGGUGACGAGAGCAGUUAUCAGUGAGAUGGCGGGAGACAAGAAGCAGUUGCUUGUCGAGGGAUACGGGCUGCAAGAAGUGAUGACUACUGAAGGCAUUGUCGGUACCCAAACAACGUGUAAUAAUGUAAUUGAAGUUCGCAAAGUGCUUGGAAUAGAAGCUGCAAGAAAUACUAUUAUCCACGAAAUUCAAUAUACUAUGAGUAGUCACGGUAUGAGCAUCGAUCCGAGACACGUAAUGCUGCUCGGGGAUAUCAUGACCUACAAAGGUGAUGUGCUCGGAAUUCACAGGUUCGGCGUGGCUAACAUGAAAGACAGUGUUCUUAUGUUGGCCUCAUUUGAGAAGACGACAGAUCAUCUUUUUGAGGCUGCAUUAUAUAGCCAAAGAGACUCGAUCGAAGGUGUCAGUGAGUCGAUUAUUAUGGGUAUGCCAAUGCCUUUGGGUACUGGAUUAUUCAAAUUAAUCAGGAAAUCGGGUAGGGAGGAGCGCCCUGUGAGAAGGAAGCUGUUGUUUGACGAUCCCGAGAGACAUGUACCGCUUGUUUUGUAA